UUAUGUCUCUGUGGACAGGUGAUAUCCAUGUUGGCACAGGUAUAAACUUGCCUCGCAAGCCAAACAUGGAGACAGAAUCUGUACGUUCUUGUUACAGUGAACAAUCUUCACGUUCCAGGCGCAGUAGAGCCCAUAGUACUCAUGGAAGCAACAACCACCAUGGUUACCGAAGUCGUUCUUCUAAGCACAUGCAUCGAACUCCAAAAGGGGAUCGCUCUCAUAACUCCACUUUGGGCAGCAAGUGUAGCAAUGGCAAUGACAGUCGGCCAGAGGAAUUCAUAGAAGUUCAGAUUCUUUCUCAAGAUGAUAACUGGGGGGACAAUACAACAGCCAUCACUGGUAAUACUAGUGAUCAUUCUGGAUCCUUGGAUGAGUUAUCAAAACUGAAUGGUGAUUAUGAGACUAGCUUGAAAUUUUACUGUCACAUGUGGGUAGGAACUGUAUUUACCACAUUACUCUCAUUUUGUGCCUUUGCAUCGCCCAUCCUCAUGGUUAUAUUGCCCAAAAUUGAAGCGUUAGAGUGGAAGGUGCAAAAAUGUGGCCCAGAGUGUGAUGGACUCUUGAUAAGCUUAUCAUUUAAACUUUUGAUUCUUUUGUUUGGUUCGUGGGCUCUUUUUUUCAGAAGACCAAAAGUUACACUUCCAAGAAUAUUUAUUUUUCGUGCAAUUGUUUUAGCUCUAAUGAUAGUUUUUACCUUUGCUUAUUGGCUUUUUUAUAGUGUUCGCAUUGUUGAAAAGCGACACGAUAACUAUCACAGUAUUGUACUGUUUGCUGUGUCUUUAGUUGAUACAUUAUUAUUUAUUCAUUAUUUAGCAGUUAUUCUCAUUGAAUUAAGGCAUCAAACCACACAAUAUUUUGUAAAAGUGGUACGCUCACCAGACGGGGAGAGUCACUGUUACACCAUUGGACAGCUCAGCAUUCAGCGAGCUGCAGCUGUGGUAUUGGAGUAUUACUAUAGAGAUUUCAGUAUUUACAACCCAUACCUUGAAACAAUUCCAACUAAAUCAAGGAAAAUGGCAGGAAGUUUUAAGAUGUAUGAUGUGGACAAUGCGCCUAACAGCCCAAUGAAUUGCACAAAUCGUAGUGUUAUGAGCAAUGACAUUCACAGACGGGACUCUAGUCAUAAUGAGCGUUUUUAUGAAGAGCAUGAGUAUGAAAGAAGAGUAAGAAAGAGGAAAGCUCGUCUUGUGUCUGCAGCAGAAGAAUCUUUCACGCACAUCAAAAGAUUGCAAGAUGAACCAGGUGCUGCAAUCCCCAUGGAUCCCCAGGAAGCUGCACAAUCCAUCUUCCCUUCAAUGGCCAAAGCAUUGCAAAAAUACUUGCGCAUCACACGUCAGCAGCCACGUCAUACGAUGCAGUCCAUUCUUGAUCAUUUGGCUCUUUGCCUCAGCUAUGACCUCAGUCCUAAAGCCUUCUUGGAAAAAUACCUGGUGUCCUCGCCCGUUCUGCAAAAUGAUCGUGAACAGAAACCAAGUCAGACUUGGGCACUGGUUUGUGACACGCUGUUGUCUCGCGCUUUGGAACCUGGAUGUGUAUUCUUGCUGAGGCAAGGUGACAUUUCUCUUCUUGCUACUAUUACUCGCCUACCACACUUGAGCGUUGCAGAGGAAGUUAUUGAUCCUAAAAGUAAUAAAUUUAUAUUGAGAUUGAAUUCUGAAACUUCUGUGUGA